AUGAUUUCGCAACGGAGAAAUUUUCAAAUUCUUAUUAGAUACCCUGAUCUGCCGGGUACAACCAAAUUCGUCACUUUAGAAAACCUUCCUAACCCGGAUUUUACCUUGCAAGAUCUGGUAGUUUCGGCUUGCCCCGAUUCCCGUUCGAUUUUGAGCUCCCUUUCGUUUAAUUUCAAUGGUAAACUCCUCCGGGGUUCCUCCAAGUUGUCUGAUUGUAGAGUUGCGCCGUUUUCCACCUUAACCCUCAAUUGCCGGCUCUUUGGUGGUGGUGGAGAUGGCGGCGCUACCGGAGCGGAAUCCAGGGACUGCUAUCUCAACAUGUACGCCACGAAGAAGCCGGAUAAAGUUGACCCUAACGAGAUGCGCCUGUCAAAGUGGCUUAAUUGUUCGUUAUCUAAUGAGCCGUUGAAGCGGCCGGUGGUGAUUGACAUGCUCGGGAAUUUGUUUAACAAGGAGGCUUUAGUGGAGGCUUUGUUGAAGAAAAAUUUGCCUAAGGAGUUUGGAUACAUAAAGGGUUUGAAGGAUAUGGUUUCUGUCGAGUUAUCUAUGAUUCCAGGUCUGGAAAAUAAGAGGGACAGUGGGAGUCCAAGCGGGCCGAAAUUCCAGUGCCCCAUAUCUGGGCUGGAGUUCAAUGGGAAAUAUAAGUUCUUCGCGCUGAGGCCUUGUGGGCAUGUGCUGAGUGCCAAGGCAUUGAAGGAGGUAAAGUCUUCGGUAUGUUUGGUUUGCCAUAAGGAGUUUAAUGACAGUGAUAAGAUUGUGAUCAAUGGAAGUGAUGAGGAAGUGGCGAAAUUGAGGGAGAGAAUGGAGGAGGAGAGGGCCAAAAUUAAGGAUAAGAAAGUGAAGAAGGUAAAGAAUGGAGGUUUGGCAGUGAAUGGAGAGGAUGACGGGACUGUGGAAGUACCUAGGUUGAGUGGCACAAAACAUGGGAUUGAUACUAAAGUAGACGGAAAGGCUGUGCUUAAAGUGGAAGGAAAUGGUAAGGCUAUGGUAAAUGGUAAAAUGGAGAUGAAGAAGCCAGCUAAGAAAUUCAAGGCUGUUGAUGUUGCACCAGCGAACGCUACCAAGGAAGUGUACGCAUCUAUUUUUACUUCAUCAAAGAAGUCCAAUUUCAAGGAGACAUAUUCAUGCCGUUCAUUGCCUCUCGGCCGAAACUAA